AAUAACACACAGGACAACUCCGUACUUGCAGUGAAAGUGAAGUGUAGGAAGUUGUUUAAUGUCUUUAACACAUGGGUUUUGUUCCAUUACAUUGGUAAACAUUAUAUUGUUGGAGGGAGGGUGAAGACAAUUACGAUCAGACAGAUUACGGAGGCCCUGUAGCGUGACAAUUGUAACUGCAUCUGCUUCGCGGUGACCCUAACAUGGACCAACGUGUUGAUGAAGGUGGGAAAUCACCGGAAGGCCAGGCGACGGUUCUAGUUUCUACUGACCCGGCUAAAAUUGAGAAGAUGUAUUCUGCUACCAACACAAAGUUAGCCGUCUGUGCUGUUGGAACAUUUUUGUCAUAUUUUGUGUAUGGCCUACUUCAGGAAUCUAUAACAAAGGGCAAAUACGGAGAACGAGAAAAGACGGAGAAGUUUACAUAUACCACAACCUUGGUGUUCAUGCAAUGUAUUGCCAAUGCAUUAGCUGCUAAACUAGUAUUGAUGUUCUGGAAAAAUGAAAAAGACUCAACACCAGCCAAGCUGUACGGUCUAUGUUCUCUGUCUUAUUUGGGAGCCAUGUUGGCCAGCAACAAGGCUCUUCAGUUCGUUAAUUACCCAACACAGGUGCUGGGAAAGUCGGCCAAGCCUAUCCCUGUGAUGAUUCUGGGGAUACUGUUUGCUAGGAAGCGGUACCCUGCAGCUAAGUUUCUCUUUGUCCUGAUGAUCGUUAUAGGUGUUGCCAUGUUUCUCUAUAAAGACAAAGCACCGACCUCUAAAGGCAGCGGGACUUUAUUUGGCUUUGGAGAACUUCUGUUGCUGGUGUCUUUGACCUUGGAUGGACUGACCGGCGCUACACAAGAGAGGAUGAGAACUGACCACAUGACGGGGGCUUACAGUAUGAUGCUGAACGUCAACCUGUGGUCUUUACUUUGGUCUGCUAUAGGGUUAUUCGGUACUGGAGAGAUUCUCGAGUUUUUAGUGUUUGCACAAAAUUACCCAUCAGUAUUGUUGAAUAUGCUGUACUUUGGAGUUGCCAGUGCAAUAGGACAGAUGUUUAUUUUCACCACAGUGACUUGCUUCGGCCCGUUAACAUGUUCAAUCAUUACCACAACUAGAAAGUUUUUCACCAUCUUCGCCUCAGUUUUAAUAUUCCAGAACCCAAUGAAUUCACGGCAGUGGCUAGGUACUGUAUUUGUAUUCACAGGCUUAGGGUUGGACAGUGCAUAUGGCAAAGAGAAGAAGAAGAGAUAAUAAUGAAAGAUUGUUAGUAUUCUGUCAUAUUGUGACUAUGUGAGAAGAGAUGGAUUUUCAAGUCAUCAGCUGAAGUCAUUAUUUUAAAAGGAUGGUGUUUAUUGUUUAUUGUGGAAGGUUGCAUAUUACAGAAAAUGUGUAUUGUAUGAAUGUUCAAUUGUUAUGUAUAUUUGUGUCUGUAUUUCUAAUAUUACAAUUUUCAAUUUAAAGAGUACCUCCAAUUUUUUUCUGAACAUACAAAACUUUAAAUAAAUAUCAUUAUUUGUCUGUUAAUUUUGUUGUAAUAGUUAGGUCCAGCUAAUGGGUUGUUAACAAGUUAAAUUAAUCCUAAUUGUAAUAAAAGUUUUUAAAAUAUCAAGCUGGUGAAAUAUUUGCUAUUAUGAGUUCAGUCUAUCCAACAAUAGUGAUAACAGUGCAUGUCCCAUCAAACUAUUAUACGUCUAAAUUAAGAUAUUUCUAAACCUGUUCAUGAUUACAUCCAGAGAUGCCAUUUAACCCAAUACUUCUGUAGUAUGAGAUCACAUCAUGAAAAAAACUGUACAAGUUGGCACCUUGGAUCAGAUUGACAUAUUUCUUUGUAAAGUAAUUGUUUAUUUGGUUUAUUAUGAAAACAACUAUAAAUAGAAAGAGUUGCCAUGGUAUUGUCAUUUGGGAAAAAUAUCUGUCAAUUUUAAGUAUGCAACAUAAUAAGUUUAUUUAGACAUUUUACAAAUGAGCAUCUUGAAAAGGUAGUUUAUAGAUAAUUUAGUGUUUUUUAAGCCACAGGUGAACUAACCUGAAAGCGGAAAGUCUGAAUUUUCCAAGUCAUAGCAGGUAUUUGGUCUAAUUAUUUAUAUGCCAAAGUAUCAAGGUACAGAUUGUAUAAUACUUCAAUAGAUCAUACAGUAAGUGUGAAUAAUAGGAAGUCCUAUGGUCUUGAACUUUUUCAAAGUAAGUUUGAGAAAGAAAAUAAAUAGUUCAUCUGUGUUACAGCAUUUGCAUAUAGAAAAAUGCAAAAAUAUGAGUAUUCAUAUAGCUAACUAAAUCUAAUUUUUUCUCAAAAAGAGGUCUGAAAACUCAAAUUCUUAAUGUGUAACGUGGAGUCCAAAACAAAAGAUUUGUUAAUGAAUCACUGACAAACUAAAGGUUUCCAAAUUGAUAGCUCAGAGGUCUGAAACAAAUUUCUAACUGAUAACUCAGGAGGCCUGAAUAUAAUUUAUUUUUUAUUUGGAGUUUUAUUUUAUUUUUUGUAUGCUUAUCAGAGUCCAGAAAAGAGGAUUUCUUGAUAAAGAGGUCUGUUAACCAGAUUUCACUGUACAAAUAUUGCCUUACAGGACGUAAUCUUUGAUGUACAUGUAUACAAUUGAUAAAUUAUAUAUUCUAGGUAUGAUGUUGGGUCCAGAGGUUGUUUUAUUAAAUGUUUUUUCUGUUAGUAUUACUUAUGUGUGAUUUGCUUUCAUUCUUGUUAGAAAUUAUUACAGAGUUUAAUAUUUGUAGGCUAUGGUACAAUCCUCAUAUUUCUUGGUGUAGCAAACAAAAUAUAAAGUAAAGCUUAGCAUUCCAAAAUGAACUUUAUUAGAACUUUAUGACUAUUUGUUUUUGAACUUUAUUAUGAGAUGAAGUAGCUUUGUGAUAAAGCAUUCUGCCACUUAUUCAACUUGAUAACUACACUGUAGUUUGAUGUUGAAAAGAAACUGAAUAUAUAAAUGUAGAAGUGCUUAUGAAUUGCCACCAGGCCCGUAUUCAUGGAACCAUUUGCAUGCUCCAGCAUGAACUCUGUACUCAAGCCAACUUUCUUGUAUCUCGCUUAAAUCAUAUAACAAGCUCAAAAAGUCUAGUGUAAAUAUUGAAAACAGUUUUCGGCUUUAAGUCUCUCCAAAAUUCUUCCACUUUAUUGACAAAAUAUUAUUUGUUUAUUACUUUAUCAUGGAAACAAGACAUUGGACUUGAGCACAGAAUCUGAGUUUGAGCAUGAGAAUAUUUACAUGAAUACGGGCCCAGCUUAUUUGGAAUCAAUUAUUUAAGCUGUAAACAAUCUAAACCAAUGUCUACUGUAUAUUGACACUGAUCUGAUCAAGUUAUGUAGUAUAUGUUUAUGAACAAUAUUAAAAUAUCUUGUAUAAUGUUUUUUAUUGGCUGGUUAUGUCGGUUUAUCAAGUUUAAUUUAUGUUUAUUUUAUUGUCAAGCAUAGAAGUUUUUGUCUCGUUAAUUUUUUCAUUAUUUUGUGUGUUGCUGCAGGAACAGUAUUUUGGAACACGUGGAGGUUUAUAUGUUGAAUGUUUUGUUAAAGACAUUCACCCUCUUAA